GGUCUGUCCUGGGGAGACACUACUGCUCCGGGGGGCUGACCUGGCGGGGAGUGGCAGCGCGAUCCGCGCCCGCACCGCUUUGUGCGCGCAGCCGCCGGGCCCUCCGCUCCCGGGUCUGCCCCCUGGGACAACCCCCUGCCCCGCCCCAGUCAUGCAACUCUACCUGCCUCUCCUCUGCGGACCUUUGGGAAGCUGCCGCCCACCCCGGGGGCUCGGGCCCUGACCCUGCCAGGCCGCGGACCAGAAUCCUGUGCCACUGAGUUCAACCAUGGUGCAUCCAGAUUCUCCUCAGAAUUGAGACUUUCCAAAGGCCCAAUGACUCUGUUCCUUGUGCCCUUUCAUUUUAUCCUACUCCGUAGCUAUGUCUCGAUCCCGCCAUGCAAGGCCUUCCAGAUUAGUCAGGAGGGAAGAUCUAAACAGAAAGAAAAGCACCCAACUGAAGAAGACAUGUAAGGCGGCCAACAAAAACGUGGCAUCAGUCAAGACUGUGAGCCCUGGAAAAUUAAAGCAAUUAAUUCAUGAAAGAGAUGUUAAGAAAAAAAUUGAACCCAAACCACCUAUGCCAGUCAGAAGCCUUCUAACAAGAGCUGGAGCAGCACGAAUGAAUUUGGAUAGGACUGAGGUUCUUUUUCAGAACCCAGAAUCCUUAACUUGCAAUGGGUUUACAAUGGCUCUCCGAAGCACCUCUCUUAGCAGGCGACUUUCCCAACCUCCAGUGAUCAUAACCAAACCCAAGAAAGUUUCACCUCCUAAGAAUUUAGAAAAGCAACAUGAAUGUGAUUAUAAUGUGGUUACUGACAUGGGAGUAAAACACGCAGAAAAUGAUUCAGUUCCAACGCAAGUUCCCCUAAUCACUCCUGAAAUAGAGAAUCUAAUUGGUGUACAAAAUGCAUCUUUAAUUAAAGAUGAGAGCCAAGAAAUAGCCCAGUCUUGGUCCCAAAGGGUCGACGAUUCCAAAAUAAAUAUCUCCACUCACAGUGGUCCUGCAGGAGAGAGCCUUUCUGGGUCAUCGGAAGGGACACGUGGUGGUGAAGGAUUAUUCUCUAAAGAGACAUUGAAUGAUAUCAGUGAUUCCCCCAGAAUGUUUGCUCAGGACACUCUGUGUGCUCCUUUGCUCCAAAGAGCAGCUCUCAAGGUUACUUAUGAAGGAAAUUCUAGCAUUCAGUUAGAAGAUUUGGGUUCACGAGUGGAAUCUCUUAAGCUAUCUGAUUCUUACCCGGAUCCUAUCAAAAGUGAACGUGACUGCUACCCCACCUCCAGCUUUAAUAAGAUUAUACCUGAAUUGGACCUUAGAAACUGUUUGUCCAUUGAUGGGUCAAUAUAUCCUACCUCAUUAAUAAAACUCCUCUUGGCAAGCUCAGAACAAGAAACCCUUGGUGCUAAACCAGAUCAUCGAGAGAUACUCAAAGCUACCGCAGAUCAGCAGGAAAUUCCUGAUACUACCCCUGUCAUAGGACAGGCUUUUAGUGCUGUCCCACAUCGAUGGGAAAUUCCUGGUGCUAACAUAAUUCAUGGAGAGGCUCUGGAUGAGACCCUAGACCCACCAGAGAUGCCUGGUGCUGUUUCAGUCCAAGGAGAGGUCUUUGGUGCUAUCCUAAAUCAACAAAUCCUUGGAAUGGGUGGUGGUACUGCCUCAGACCCACCUAUGUUUCUUCCUCCUCUAAACCCAAUUGCUACCUAUAAUGUUCCCCCAGAAUGGCCUGAGCCCCAGAGCACUGUUUCAUAUGGACUUGAGGUCCAGGGUGCUGUGCAGAUUCUGCCUUUGGGCUCAGGUCACACACCUCAGCCACCAUCAAACUCAGAGAUAAGUUCGGUACCUCCAAUAAUGACUAUUAGCAAUAUAGAAAAUGAGAAGCAGGUUCAUAUAAGCUUUCUGCCAGCUAACAUUCAGGGGAUCACAUUAGCCCCUGAGCGAGGACUCCUUCUCCAUGCUUCACAGGGCAUUACCCAACUCUCCCAGGCUGGUCCCAGCACACUGGAAGGAGAGAGCUCCCAGGUCAGCAUGACCAGUGUGGUUGACAUUAACACUAAAGUGGUGUCUAGGCCAGUGUCACUUGCCAGUACCCCCUCUUCUUCCUUUACAACUUUGCUACCUACUUUGGAAAAGAAGAAACGAAAGCGAUGUGGGGUCUGUGAGCCCUGCCAGCAGAAGACCAAUUGUGGUGAAUGUACUUACUGCAAGAACAGAAAGAACAGCCAUCAGAUCUGUAAGAAGAGAAAAUGUGAGGAGCUGAAAAAGAAACCAUCAGUCAUUGUGCCUUUGGAGGUUAUAAAAGAAAACAAGAGGCCCCAGAGGGAAAAGAAGCCCAAAGUUUUAAAGGCAGAUUUUGACAACAAAUCAGUAAAUGGCCUCAAGUCAGAAUCCAUGGAAUACAGGAGGAGUUAUGGGGGGGAACAGAGAUUGGAAUUAAACCCACCUCCCCUCGAAAAUGUAACCAAAAAUGAAGAAAGUAUGACAGGUAUUGAAGUGGAGAAGUGGACGCAAAACAAGAAAUCACAUUUAACUGAUCAUGUCAAAGGCGAAUUUAAGGCAAUUGUGACAGAAGCUGAAAAAUUUAAAAAUUCUGAAGAUGACAAGAAAAAAGUCCUCCUUACUGACUUAAUUGAGCCUCAGAAAUUGUUUGCACAAACUAUAAGAAACGGCAUUAAAAAUGUACACUAUUUACCAACUGAAACAAAUGUGUCUUUUAAAAAAUUCAAUAUUGAAGAAUUUGGCAAGGCAUUUGAAAACAACUCCUAUAAAUUCCUGAAAGACACUGCCAACCAUAAUGCCAUGAGUUCCAUUGCUACUAGUGCGAGCUGUGAUCAUCUCAAGGGGAGAAAUAAUGUUUCAGUCUUCCAGAAGCCUGGCUUUAACUGCAAGUCUUUACCAGAUCCUACAACUUUCAACUUAAAUAGUCAUACUAGUACACACAAUGAAAGUGAUCAACCCAAAUCUCUAGAUAAUAUACCAAGUAAAGACCCAAAAGAUGGAUCUCCAGUUCAGCCAAGUCUUCUAUCCCUGAUGAAAGAUAGGAGAUUAACACUGGAGCAAGUGGUGGCCAUAGAAGCUCUGACUCAACUGUCAGAAGCUCCAUCAGAAAAUUCCUCACCAUCAAAGUCAGAGAAGGAUGAAGAAACAGAACACAGAACAGAAAGUUUGCUUAAUAGCUGUAAAGCUAUCCUCUAUUCUGUAAGAAAAGACCUCCAGGACCCAAACCUGCAAGGGGAGCCAGAAAGCCUUCAUCACUAUCCAUCUUUGGAAAAGCAGACUUCAUGCAACACGGUGGUGUUCAAUGGCCAAAACAUUUCCAAGUCACACCACAACUCAGCUGCUAACCAGACACCUACCAAGUCACAGGAAUGUUCAAAAGCCACAAAUUCAAUAACUCUUUUUAUACCAAAUUCAAAUUCAUCUAAAAUUGACACCAAUAAAAAUGUUGCUCAAAGUAGAAUUAAUCUUGAGAGUUCUAAGAAUUUGCAUCCGUUGCCACCAGCAGGUGAUAAAUUGGGGUAUUGUAACCAAUCACUGGCCAGCAGUAAAAAGAUAGACUUAAAAGACGAUCCAUCGGGUCUAAAUACAAUACACAGCAAAAUAGAGGAAGAUGUUGCAACACAGUUAACACAACUUGCGUCCAUAAUUAAAUUCAAUUAUAUAAAACAAGAAGACAAAAAGGUUGAGAGUACACCAACAAGCCUCGUUGCAUAUAAUGUACAGCAAAAAUGUAGUCAGGAGAAGGCCACAAUACAACAGAAACCACCUUCCAGUGUACAAAACAAUCAUAGCUCAUUAUUGACAAAGCAAAAGAACACAACACAGAAAAAGACAAGAGCUACCCCAUCAAGAGAUCGGCGGAAAAAGAAGACUGUAGUCAUAAGUUGUCAAGAAAAUGACCAGAAAAAUCAGGAACAGUUGUCAUAUGAGUAUAGUAAAUUACAUGACAUUUGGAUAGCAUCUAAAUUUCAAAGAUUUGGUCAAUUUGGUCCACAUGAUUUUCCCAUUCUGUUGGGAAAAAUUCCUCCUUUAACCAAAGUAUGGAAACCACUGACUCAAACGAGUUCAGUGUUAGAACACAAAAAAUUGUUUCCUCCACUCACUCAGAUAAAAUUUGAGCGUUAUUAUCCUGAAUUAGCACAGGAAAGAAACAUGAAGGUUGAACCGUUGGAUUCUCUCCCAAUAUGCCAGUUAAAAACAGAGUCCAAUGGGCAGGCGUUUACAGAAAAAGUAUAUAGUUCUCAGGUACAGCCAACAGGGAAUGUCAAUCAGAAAGCUCAUCCUUUACUCCAGCCCUCCUCUCCAACUAACCAGAGUGCUAAUGUAAUGACCGGCGAUGACCAAACACAAUUCCAGCGGGAUGUUCAAGACCAACUCAUGCAUCAGAGACUGCCAACAUUGCCUGGUAUCUCUCAUGAAACCCCCUUACCAGACCCAGCACACAUUCUCAGGAAUGUAAAUGUGGUAUGUUCAGGUGGAAUUACAGUGGUUUCUACCAAGAAUGAAGAGGACGUCUGUUCAUCUAGUGUUGGAGCAUCAGAAUUUUCCCCAGUAGACAGUGCACAGAAAAGUUUUAAUGAUUAUGCCAUGAACUUCUUUACCAAUCCUACAAAAAACCUGGUGUCCACAACAAAAGAUUCUGAUUUGCCAACCUGCAACUGUCUUGAUCGAGUUAUACAAAAAGACAAAGGCCCAUAUUAUACACACCUUGGGGCAGGACCAAGUGUUGCUGCUGUCAGGGAAAUCAUGGAGAAUAGGUAUGGUCAAAAAGGAAACGCAAUAAGGAUAGAAAUUGUAGUGUAUACGGGGAAAGAAGGAAAAAGCUCUCAUGGGUGUCCAAUUGCUAAGUGGGUGUUAAGAAGAGGCAGUGAUGAAGAGAAAGUCCUUUGUUUGGUUCGGCAGCGUACAGGCCACCACUGUCCAACUGCUGUGAUGGUGGUGCUCAUCAUGGUAUGGGACGGCAUUCCUCUUCCCAUGGCUGACAGAUUGUACACGGAGCUUACUGAAAACCUAAAGUCAUACAAUGGUCAUCCCACAGACCGAAGAUGCACGCUCAAUGAAAAUCGUACCUGUACAUGUCAAGGAAUUGAUCCAGAGACUUGUGGAGCUUCGUUCUCUUUUGGCUGUUCAUGGAGUAUGUAUUUCAAUGGAUGUAAAUUUGGUAGAAGCCCAAGCCCCAGAAGAUUUAGAAUUGAUCCAAGCUCUCCCUUACAUGAAAAAAACCUUGAAGAUAAUUUACAGAGUUUGGCUACACGAUUAGCUCCAAUUUAUAAGCAGUAUGCUCCAGUUGCUUACCAAAACCAGGUAGAAUAUGAACAUGUUGCCCGAGAAUGUCGGCUUGGCAGCAAAGAAGGGCGUCCUUUCUCUGGGGUCACUGCUUGCCUAGACUUCUGUGCCCAUCCCCACAGGGACAUCCACAACAUGAAUAAUGGAAGCACUGUGGUUUGUACUUUAACACGAGAAGAUAACCGCUCCUUGGGGGUUAUCCCUCAAGAUGAGCAGCUGCAUGUGCUACCACUCUACAAACUCUCAGACACAGAUGAGUUUGGCUCUAGAGAAGGAAUGGAAGCCAAGAUCAAGUCUGGGGCCAUUGAGGUGCUCACACCCCGUCGUAAAAAAAGAAAACGUUUUACUCAGCCCGUACCUCGUUCUGGAAAGAAGAGGGCAGCAAUGAUGACAGAAGUUCUCGCACAUAAGAUAAGAGCUGUGGAGAAAAAAUUCGUCCCUCGGGUGAAACGGAAGAACAACUCGACAAGCAAUGGCAAGACUUCGUCGCUGCCGCUUUUAGGGAAUAAAACAGAAGCCUUGCAACUUGAAAUAAAAAGUGAAACUGAACCCCAUUUUAUCUUCAAAGGUUCGGACAACACUAAAACCUACUCACUGACCCCAUCCAUUCCUCACACAUUGAAAGAGGCAAACAUAUCUCCAGGUUUCUCCUGGUCCCCUAAGACCACAUCAGCCACAACAGCUCCCUUUAAGAAUGAUGUGUCAGUUUCUUACGGGUUUUCAGAAAGAAGUAGCAAUCCCCACUGCACAAUGCCUUCUGCAAGACACAGUGGUGCUAAUGCAGCUGCUGGGGAAUGCACUGGAAUUGCACAGCCUGGUGAAGUAGUUGCUCUUUCCACCUUGUCUACUCCUGUGACAGAGUCCCUGGUUUAUUCUGAGCCUUCCACUGGUCCAUCUGAACAGCUACCUUCUAAUCAUCCAAACCAGCAAGCCCCAUUCACCACCUCUCCUCAUGACCUUACAUCCUCUCUGGUGGAAGAAGAUGAGCAGCAUUCUGAUGCAGAUGAGCCUCUAUCAGAUGACCCCCUAUCAGAUGACCCCCUGUCACCUACUGAGGAGAAAUUGCCCCACAUCGAUGAGUAUUGGUCAGACAGUGAGCACAUCUUCUUAGAUGCCAACAUUGGUGGGGUGGCAAUAGCACCUGCCCACGGCUCCGUUUUGAUUGAGUGCGCCCGGCGAGAACUUCAUGCGACCACUCCUGUUGAACACCCAAACCGGAAUCAUCCCACACGCCUUUCCCUUGUUUUCUACCAGCACAAAAACCUGAAUAAGCCCCAACAUGGUUUUGAACUAAACAAAAUUAAGUUCGAGGCUAAAGAAGCUAAGAAUAAGAAAAUUAAGGCCUCAGAGCAGAAAGACCAGGCAGCUAAUGAGGUUCCUGACCUGUCCCCUGAAGUUAAUGAAUUGAACCAAAUUCCUUCUCAUAAAGCGUUAACAUUAACCCAUGACAAUAUUGUCACCGUGUCCCCUUAUGCUCUCACACAUGUUGCAGGGCCCUAUAACCAUUGGGUCUGAAGGCUUUUCUCCCCUUAAUGCCUUUGCUAGUGCAGUGUAUUUUUUCAAGGUGCUGUUAAAAGAAAGUCAUGUUGUCGUUUACUUAUCUUCAUCUCACCCAUUUGAAGGCUGAGGUUAAAAAAACAAAAACAAAAACAAAAAUGGGGUGGGUGUUUCUUAACUGUGACUAUAUUUUGACAAUUGGUAGAAGGUGCACAUUUUAAGCAAAAAUAAAAGUUUUAUAGUUUUAAAUACAUAAAGAAAUGUUUUGGUUAGGUGUUAACCUUGAUAGAAUCACUCAGUUUGGUGCUUUAAAUUAAGUCUGUUUACUAUGAAACAAGAGUCAUUUUUAGAGGAUUUUAACAGGUUCAUGUGCUAUGAUAUAAAAUCAAGAUACAGUGUUAACUCUACACAGCUCCUGGUGCUUACCCACAUCAACAGUUAAAAAUAAGCUGCAUUAUUAUGUCAUGGUGCCAUCGUUCCAACAUCUUCCAAUCAUUGCUAGAAAAUCGGCAUAUUCCUUUGAAAUAAACCAAUGAAAUGUUUUCUCUCAAAAUAUCUCCUAUAUAAAAUAAUUCAAUAUUGUUAAUGGUUGGAGGCUGUUCAUAAAUUGUAAAUAUAUAUUUUAAAAGCACUUUCUAUUUUUAAAAGUAACUUGAAAUAGUAUAGCAUAAGAAUCUUAUUGUUUAUUGUUUGUGCAUAUUUGCAUACAAGAGAAAUCAUUUAUUCUUGCUGUGUAGAGUUCCAUCUUGUUAACUGCAAUAUGUAUUCUAAUCAUGUAUAUGGUUUGUUGUUGUUUUUUUUUUAAUGUUGUCCUUUCUCAUGCAAAUAUUAGCUACUUCUAUAAAAUAGUUAGAACAUGCAAAAAUUGUUAAUUUUCUCUAAAAUUGGAAUUAGGAAGCAUAUCACCAAUAUCUGUUAACAUUUUAUUUGGAACUAAGUAAGCGUGGUCUCUUCUGAUUUAUCAAGCAACAGUGGCCCCAAUUUACUUUAACUCCAGCUUUCUGAAUAUAAUCAUGAAAGGUUUUUCCAAAAGGAGAUGGGACAUAGUAGUAUUCAGAAGAGUCAAAUGCUUCUAAAGUUUCAAGGUGAUAAAAUUUAAAAAUUAAGUAGCCAGAACCCUACCCAUCCCAAAUUGCCUUAUUUGUUCUGAAACUCAAUCUGGUAGAGUAAGAAUAAAAUUCCUAUAGAAAUCUUUUGAAAAGAAAUCCCCUAAUGUCAUCCUAUAUCCACACAUCCCAAACAGUAGAAGUGGUGUUCAAAGUAUGGUAUUGUCCAUUAAGAGCUAAUCCAAAGUAGUUUAUCUAAGCAUAUUAGUUUUAGGGAAAAAACUCAUCUUCUCUGAUAAUUGCCUAUGUUCUAGGUAACAGGAAAAUAGGCAUUCCGUUUAUGUUAGCCUUCCCAUUAUUUUUUCCCAUUACUUAUUGACUCAUUUUAUAACAAAACAAAAGGGAUUGCCCAAACAAAAUGUUUAGAACAAGAAAUUUCAAUGAAAUACUUGAUUCUAUUAAAAUGCAGAGGUGCUAUAACAUUCAAAGUGUCAGAUACCUUGGGAGUGUGGAAAACCUAAAUAAUGGUGCUUCUCCCUUGGAAAUGCCAUAGGAAGCCCACAACUGCUAAUACUCAACAAUUUUGGUGCAAAAGCAAACAGUUCCAGCAAGCUCUAAAGAAAAACUCAUUGUAACUUAUAUUAAAAUAAUAUAUGGUGCAAAGUAUCAGUUUCAAGCUUUUGACUAAUCCAAGUGAAGGAAUAUGAAGGGAUUGUAUAUAACAAAUAUCCAUUGGUAGUCCAUCAUCUUGUACAAGUAGAUUUCUGCUUUUUGAAUAUGUAAAGUAGGGUGAUUCAUUGACUUUAGUAUUUUGUGUGCCUUAGAUUUCCGUUUUAAAACAUGUAUAUUUUUGUGAGCCUAAGGUUUCUUAUACAUAUAAGUAUAUAAAUAAGUGAUUGUUUAUUAUUUCAGCUGCUUCCUUAAGAUAUUUACUAGUAUUAGACUAUCAGGAAUACACCCUUGUGAUAUUUCGUUUUAGAUAUUAGGCCUUAGCUCCCACUAGAAAUUAUCUCCUCACCAGAUUUAAUGAAUCAAGUUUUAAGACCCUUUAACCAUCCACCCAUCUUUCUUCCCUUCAGUUACUGAACGGCUGCAGAAUUUAAAUAAUAGCUUUUGUUUUUCUUUGAAUUGCCACCCAUGACACAGUAAGCAUGAAGAAUUAAAAUCUUAAAAAGAUGCUUUUAUCCUUUUUUUUUUUUUUCCAAAGAAACAGUAAAUUUCCUUCAAAAGAAUCCAUUGUAGGGGCGCCUGGCUGGCUCAGCCAGUAGAACAUGCGACUCUUAAUCUCAGGUCUUGAGUUCGAGCCCCAUCUUGGGCAUAGAGUCUAUUUAAAAUUGUAAAAACAAAAAGAACGAAGGAAUCCAUUGUAAUAUAUCUGCAGCAGUUCAAAUCAGUGUCACUACCGUUGAGUAAGUUUCUUAAGAAACUUGAACCACCAGUGUUAUUUAGGAGAAUACUGGGAUUUGUGAAGUUGGUUGCAGUUGCCCAAAGCAAGUACAUGAAAAUAUCCCUUCUCAACUGAAAUGUUAUAAAAUGUUCCAUUAUUAUAAUUAACACCAUCAAUGUCCUGUCUCAAUUGAUAACACCAUGGUGGGAACCACUUGUGAUUCCUACUUUGUUGGACUCUCAUAAGUUAAACAGUUUACCAUCCCAUUAUCUGCCCUGUGAUUUUUUUUAAGCUUAUGCUUAUUCAAUGUUCUCCAGCAUUUGUGAUUGUAUGCUAGUGACACUGCUUUUAGAAUGCUUUUAUGAAGCAAGGAAAUAAAUUUGUUUGAAAUGACAUUUUCACUCAGAAAACUGGUCAUCUAACAUUAUUUCUGCACCUUUUAUUAUGUUUUACUAGAACGAUCACCUUUGGCUUUACCCAUCUUACAGUACUCAAAAUUAGUUUUUCAAUCUUCUGCCCUUGUUCAUGGUAUAAUUUAAUUAAUUGAUACAUGACCCCCAGUUAACCCGACCUGUCCAUACUAUGUUACAAACUUACUAACUACAAUGAGCUGUCUAUUUUAGAAUCCUACAAAAAUAUCACACUGCCUUUCAAAAUCCCAUUUCUAAUGGCUCUCGGCCGUGGUUGAAAAAAAUUUCUGCUUAUCGGCCUUACCUACAGCUUUCCAAUUCAUCCACAAAGUACCAACUACAUCAUGUCAUAGACUUAGCUGAAAUAUAUUAACUGAAAGUGAGGCUUGCUGAAAAUGUAUAGCUGUAGGUAAAUUUUUACAUGUUAGCAAAAUGUUUGCAGCCUUAACCUUCCAACAUCUUUGUUAUGCAAUCUGCAUGUGGAUGAAAUAAUUUAAUUUGUUAAAUAUAGAAUUUCAACUAGAUGAGAUCCAUAAGCAAUUUACUUAAGACAUAACCCCAAUACAUAAUUAAUUGAAUGCAUACCCUUGUGUAAAUGAGAUAAUAAUUCAUGCAAAGUAACCUACUUCCUAAUGUUAUUACUUAAGUGGACUCAAACUGAUUAUCAUUUAUUCCACAACAGCAUGUAUGAAAAUAACUCAAACUACUUAAGUUUAUUCCUUAAAACAAAUCCUAUUGAGAUUUCUUUUUUAUCUGCGACAAAGUUUUGACAUUGCAUGACAACUUCCACCAAUAGUGGGCACAGGAUUUCCUUUGAAUGUGCCGAGUAAAUCAGUAGCUGUAUAUGACUUUUAAUAAUAUAUAGCUAUCUUCUAUUUCACAACUUCUUGAUGCAUGGAAAUUUUCUUUUUGUCUACAUUUAGUAUAACUGUGAAUUUUGACCUUUUGUAAAGAUUUAUGAUGAGAAUUGUGAAAUAAUAUGGUAGUGGCCUCUCACAGCUCUAGAAGACACCUCAGAAGUCAUAUAGUUCAAUCACUGGGGCCCAGAGAGCAGAUGUUAAUGUCAAUGUGUACUUAUGUUUAUAAUUAGAAUUGAAACAAUCAAAGGAAGGCCACUUUAUGCUUAGGAGGACUCGAGGAAACAAACUCUAUUUGCUCACCCAGAGAGUAUCUUACCACUGGGAAAUAACCUUAUUGUGGUACAAGUAAAGAUUAAAAAGGCUUUUUUUUUUUCUGUUGGGUUUUCUUGCUUUUUGUUUUUCUGAGAAAUUCUGGAAAGCCAGUCAAAUGAAGUUGGAUCAAGAUUCCCCUGCCUGCAGAGUUUUGUGGGCCUUGUGUGGGAAAUCUAGCUUUUACCUAUGAAGCUAUCCUGUUAACUCAUCCAACAAAAUGUGGCAGUAGCCUGAAUUAGCUAUUUCAAAUAUAUAUAUACACACACACACCAGGUACUUACAUAGUACAGGCUUUUAUUUCUCCUGGAAAUAUGCAUAUACAAGGAGGUAGAAAAAAUUGAAUGAAAGGGUUCGGGAAAGUAUACCCAUUGUAUAUACUACCUAGCCAUGGUUGUACAGUCUAUUCACACCUCUUGCCAAUUGGCUUCACAAUUAAGUCCUAGCAUAGUUAAUUUUGAUGUGAUUGUCUACAUAUAUUAGAAUACUGUUUUAUUGUGCACAGCUCUGAAACUUUCCUGUAAGUGUAUUGAACUUGUAACUUCAACAUCAACAGUUGAGGCACACUUCAACUAGGUGAUACAGUGUCCUGAUUCCUGAAGAGUCUGGAUUUACCCAAAUCAAAUUGUGCUCCACAUGUGCUUUCUUCUAAUAGAUUUAGGAAAUGAGGCCAUUCAUGGUUCUGGAAUGCAAGUCAAAAAAUCAGCGUGUCAGAAGCUAAAUUUGUGUAUUUUCUUGGAAUGUGCUGAAAUUUAUUGGCUUUCUUUCCUCUCUUGUGUAAAAUAAGAGUCCUCUGUUAAUUUUAGAGAUGGUAAAACUGGCUUUUAUGUAAGACCUCACUUUUUGUCCACAUUGAACUCUACAAACUUGAAUUCUCUGCUUUCCAGUAUAUCUGGAUGACUUUCAUUCAAUUCCUGUUCCUUCUGGGCACCCAAUCAAAUACUAUUGUUCACUUCGAAAAGCAUAUAUUUUAAUCCUUCAGGUAAUGCAAAGAUGUAAUAUAACUUGCUAUAAUUAAAGCAAAACUUUGUCUAAGGUAGGGAUGUUAUUAUCAGAUGUUAAACAUAUGACCUGACUUAACUGAUUUAUGUUUGAGUGCAACUUGGGAAACUUUUGUUUAGCGGUAUAAACCUAGUUUUCCUAAAAAUAGAAAUUCUGUCCCUAGCAGCUGUGAUGAAAGGCAUUCUCUCUUGUCUUGUUCAUCAGGAAAAAAUCUUGCAGCUGUCAGAAACAUGUUCGCUUUUGGAGAAACAGUGUUGAAAAGUAAUUUCAUUUGUUCUUCAUUUGGCUAGGUAUAAACUUAACCAUCUUUGACCAGAAACUCUGCUUGUUAUUAUUUUUCUUUUUUCAUUUUACUGAAGCCAUGGUGUCACUAAAUGUACUUUCUUUUUCUAGUUUUGAUUCUUUCCUCUGAUUUUCUUUAAAUUAAAACUAUGUCGCUUCCCCUCUCUAUUCUGCGUCCACUCCCCAUGUCCCUACACAAAUACACAUGGUUCUUGUUAAGAAUAGCAGUCAUCUUGGUCAAGUUGUCUUUUCCUGCUUUCUAAAAUCCUGAUUCAUAAGUAUUUUGUGGAAUAAUACCAAAAGGGAUCACAAUCUUUUAUUCAGUCAUUUUCUGUCGGAGGCAAAUUCAGUUUUUAGGGUUAUAGUGGUCAUGAGACCACAGGUGAGCAUCCACUUUUUAACAAUCCCAACAAUGUUUGACUCUCAACAUGUUUCUUGGUGUUUGAGUGUUUUGCAAGAACUUGUAUCAGAAGUUAAAUAUUCUAGCACUAUUCCUAUAUAGCUUUGCUAUUUCUCUAUAAUGCAUCAUACUAAUUAUUAGUGGUUUGACCAGUGGCUUUGAAUUAAUAAUGGGUCUGAUUUAUACAGUAGACAAUUUUUUUUCACAUGUUUUAUCCCCCAGCCCAGUUUUGCGGAUGGUCUUUACUCUCCAAUGUAAAUUUACCCCUUCGAAAUUUGGGUUUUUGUGAUAAUAGGAACUAUUCUAUAAUCUGGGUGAGAAAGAUUUAAAAAAUGAGCUGAAAGUAGUUUGAGAAUUCUUAAAGAUGAGAUAGAUCAGGUAUUUGGAGUUGUGAAUGUACUAGGGGGAAGUUAAGGUGCAGGAAGAAGGGAGAAUUGUGUUCCCAUCAGCAAUCUGCAGGUUCACUCCACCAUCUCAACACCAAAACAUACUGUAAUAGCUUUUCCCACCUUGUAGCAGUUUAUCUGAAAAAAAUGAGGAACCAUUGUGAAUGUAAAUAUGGUAGUAAGAAAACUUAUAACCCCUAGACUUUAUAAUGUUUUAGGUUAUCAAACUGCUUUCACUGUGUACUCUCUUUGUCUCCCCAACACGGAAGGUUGGACAGAUGUCCAAAUACUCCUCUUACUGGUGAAGAACCUGCAGGUUGGCAAGAAUAGCAAAUGCCUUGCUCCAGUCACAGAGCAAGUCCACCCAUCUGAGAUCAAACCAUUUCAAUUCUGCAGACUGACUGCUAAAUGCAUUUCUGCACCAUAAACUAUGACUUACAGAGUGUUAUUGAGCAGAAAUUGUCAGACCUGAUCUAAGAAUAAUACAAAACCUACUUAUUGUGUGCAAAACAUGCUUCUCAACUUUGUUUCCAUUAUUUAUUUAGCCAGUGAUUUUUGUAUGCAUACUUUGGAAGGUCUCCCCAAAUUCCCAGGACUUCUGCAUUAGGGCUUAGAUUAAUGAAGCUGUAGUUUUCCCCCUGUAAGUAAGCUUUUUAAUGAAGAAUGUCCCUGUAUUACUAAAACAAAAGGAAACCUCAGUAAUAUUUGUCUAAAAAUAUUAUUUUUUUAAAAACUGAGAUCAGCAACUCAUAAUCAAAGUUUAAUGUAUUUGUUAUAUUGAAAUGCAGGUUUCUAGAAGGGAAUGUGCUGGGUAAACUGACUUAGUUCCCAGGCCCCCGUGGUAAAAAUGUAAAGUUGUUGGCAUCUCUUAAGAGUUAGUAAGUACUGUCUCCCACUUAUUUAAGUAUUUUGUUUUGUUUUUUGUUCUGCUUUGUUUCCAGCCACGUAAAGUGUCCAAAGUUUAAACAUAUCUUUGCCCAGAGAGUUAAGAAAAAUAAUGAGAUGUAUUUGUAAAGUUUUGGGUAAGCUCUUUAUAAUUAUAAAGAGGUGGGAUAUUUUGGCAUUUCCAUCAGUACAUUUUGGGUUACUAAUGAAAAACCCAAACUUACCUAAAUAAUCAAAUAAAUUCCACUUUUGAUGAUUUGGUUCAAUAACUGCCUAUCCUCACUAAUGCCUGUUUGUGAUAUUAUAAAAUGGCUGACAACAUAGGACUUUACAAAAACAGCUCUUAGAAAAAAAAACAGAAACAAAACAAAGACUAAAUAUUUUAUUAAUAUGUAUGGUCAUUUUUUUUAAACUUCUAUAACAGAUAACAUUGUGAUAGGUGCUUUAAGAGAAAUAUUUUUCCAGAAAUGGUUUUAUAGUAAAUGGGGGGGCAGCUUUUGCAUUGUGAUGUAUGGGUGGAUAGUCAUCUUUGAGUUACUAAGAAAUCAUGAAGUGUUCCCUGAAGAGAAACUCAUAAAACUAUUUGGCAGAAAGAAAAGCAUUAAUUUCUAGUUUCUUUAUUUUCUCUUGUGUUAUAUGGUGGCCUAUAUCACGUGUAGAUUCACGUGUAUAUCAAUACUUUGGCUCAAAGGAGAAGACAGUGCUUAUCAAUAGUGGGUGUAAAAUAUUCAGAUUCUUCAUUAUGGGGAAAUAGAGUAGCAUUGACUUUUCAAUAGAGAAAUACCAAUUUCACAAGUUAAUAUUCCUGUCUCUACGUGACUUUUUCUCUCCUUUGAGUAUAUUUACUAUUUAUUUUGUACCUUUGAUUUUUUUGCUUUGGGGGAUUUAUUUUUACCUAUUGCAGUCCUACUGUAUUAAAUAUCCCAUAUAAUGAAAUAAGUUAGUAAGGGAAAGAUUUUAAAACUCCAUAAAAUCUGGUUUGGGUUCUUAAUAUAUGGGAGAAACAGUUUCAAGAAAAAGCACUUCACCAUGCAGAACGGAAAGAGUAGUCUUAAUUAUGAUGACUUCAAUUCAGGAUCAAGAUGUAGUGCUCUGCAUACAAGGGAACACUUACUAGCAGUACUUGAAGACUUGUGAGUUGGAAUUGCAUGUUACUUGAAAGACCUAAUUAAGCUAAAUUUUGGUGCACAGCAGUUGUACAUGAUUUCAUGUUUAUGUAGCAAAAUGCAUUGAAAUGUACUAGUAUUGAAACAUACAUGUAAAGAUAGUUGUGGAAAUUGUCUAUUAUAUUUUCCUUGUGUGUCUCAUUUAUUUAGAGCACAAAGUUUUUUUUUUAAGUGUUCUAACUGAAUAAGGCUAAAUGAAUACUGUAAUUGAAAUUAUAUUUUAAAUCUUUGUCAUGAGUUUUUAAAAAAACUAUUGCAAAUUGUAUCAUUCCUGAUUACACAGAACUUUGUGGGUGGUUUUAAAUAAAUUUUAUACUUCUAUUUUGCA